CGGCGAUCAAACAAACACUCCAACGCGCUAGACACGGUGUUGCUGUUGCUUCCACCCCGCCAUGGCGACACAGCAGUUCGACGGCGGCGUGCCCUUUGCCAUCGCCGCCCGCGCGCAGAAGCUGCAGCUGCUUGAGCUCCCGCCCGCCGUCGCGGCCCUGCUCGACGCCCCCAAUCCCCCGCGGCUCUCGAUCAAAUCCAGCGCCGCCAGCAGCGACCGGCCUGCAUAUGCCGUGCUCUGUACCCCCACCGCGACCUUCCACCUGCGCCAGGUCCAGACAUCGAACUCGCUGUUCGUCACGCAGCCCCAGCAGCUCGACUCCCAUGGCAACGACAUCCCCGUCCCGGCCACAUGUGCCAUAGCAGCCUGCCCCGCCACCCUGGAGCUGCACCCCUCCGACGCCUCCGCGGUCGCCCUGCUGUACGACGCUCUGCCCGUGUACGACAUUGUGGCUGGCGAAGCUGAUGCCAUGGGCAACGGCAAGAGCAAGGGCCACAUCUUCGACAAUCUCCCGUUGUCAGACGCACAAUGCCAGCAGGCGUGGAACGAGCUGAUGGCCUUCGAGCACGACGAGCACACGUACAGACCGUCUGUGAACGCCUUGUCCCAAGUGUGGCGGUCCAUCAACGCUGCUGCACUGGCUGAGGGCGUCAAGCUCGACAGUCAAUUCUUGACCGAGGACAUUGCAACAGCAGUUGCAGACGACGGCCACCCAGCAGACUUCACCAAAGCUGUGCUAAGGCACCUCGCCGAUGACGGCCAGGCUGCAGAUGGUCCAUGGUCGUGCCUCGAUCGAGCACGAACAGUAGCCUUCGUCGGCAAGACACUGCUCGAAGCUAAGCAAGGGAGCAGUGACUUCCUUGUCACCGACUUCACAGACACGUGGGAGGACAGAUUGCCCGAAGCAUGGCGAAAGGACGCGAAGCUCAGUGCAAUUGCCGAGUCGUAUGAGCUCCCAUCAGGCUCUACAAUUAGGGUCAAGAGCAAGGAUGCCGCUGUCGCCAGCACGGAAGACGCACCUGCAGCGAGCAAGCCGUCGGCGAGAAAGUGGCACGAGAAAUUUGCGAAGACGCGAAAGAAAUGAUAGUCUGCUGAGAGAGUCGUAGAGUGGACAGUGCCACGCGACGAGUCGUGACUCGACCAAAGAAGGCAGUCUCACGGACGUUACAAUUCCAAGGCGCCGACCUCAUACCUUCGAUGGUACGAUUCGAGGAUCUAGACACUCUGGGCAUGACAUGUCGAUGACAUAGGAUGUUCUCGCAGGGCUGUAAGGCUGUAAGGCCUUGGUUUGGCAGCUGCCAAUCGACGCGUUGGCGGACUGUACGCGUCUUAGCGUGUUCUCGGCAAGUCGGUGCUCGGAUCGGCAGGUCGCGUUAUCCGGCUUAUUCACGAUUUUUUGGUAAGCUGCGAGUGGCCACACAGGUGCUG